UUUAUAAUGAGUGAGAGAUAAAAUUGGAUAAUAUAAUUUACUAUUGCGAGAGGAUUCUCCCCAUGUGUGUGAAUUAUUAUUCUUUAUUCUCCUAUUUUCAUAAUUAUUAUUUAUAUUGAGAUAAUAAUUUAUAAUUUCCCGGUGAUGGCGUGGCUUUUGUGAGAUUACUCUGGAAUAUUUCACGGGUGUAGAGUGUGAAAAUGGUACUGCAGAAGCUGGUGAAUAGUACAAACGUUGUGUUUCACAUGCUUGAUUUACAGCCCUACGCCAUGGUUCUGCCCAUGGACAAGCUAACCAGUGACCGGAAUAAACGCAAAAUCCUCUCCAAAAUACUCAAAAAUAACCCAGACACCUUUUCCUCAUACAAAUCCAAACUCAAUCACAAACAUGAAAAUCACUCAAUCAUCCACAGUCAAUCUGAUCAUAAUUUAAAACACACCUCAACCCACAGUACCUCCAACACUACGGAGAACAUUACCAACUCACCAGAUACUCAGGAUUCAACUGUAGUAACAGUGGACACAACUGUAGUAACAGUGGACACAACGGUAGAAACAGUGGACACAACGGUAGAAACAGUGGACACAACUGUAGAAAAGGUGGAUAAGGGGGAUGUAAUGGAGAAAGAAGUGAAAUUGGAAGAUUUAAUGAUUAAACAACUACCAAUGGAUGAUCAUAAAACACAAGGUUCUGACAUAUUUCUGGGUGUGAAGCGAUUUUUGGACCGUUUGGACUCUGACCAGAUCAUCGGCUGUAUGAUAAUUUUAGCUCAGAAAACCACUGACAAAACCUCAAUUUCGCCCAUUGCUGGUGGAAUUGUCGAGGUCUUUGAUGACUACGAGAGGUCUAUCCAGACCCUGUGGCUCAAUAAUAACAUCACCAGCUACGUCAACUUCAUAAACUUAAAGGGGAAAAAGAACGCCAGAAAGUUGAUUAGUAAUUUGGAUGACCAAAUACUCUCGAAAAUCGUCUUGUCCACACUGACACUCCGUUUAUGCGCCCACGCGUAUCAAAUGACGUUGCCGAAUUCUAAACGUAUUCAGCAUAAAUCGAGGCUAAUUUCAAUUUAUCAUCAGAUGGGCCAGACAUUCCCACGAUUCGCAUACAGUUUUAUUAAAGAGGAAAUGCAAUUCUCCAAACACUAUGAAAUUAAUUAUCUCGCCAUUAAACACAAUGAUAAUCCCAAAAUUCCCUGCAGAUGCCUCAAACCAAUAGAUACACCGCCGGAUGCGGGAGGAAUGGUGCGUGUAUCUGAUUUUGUUUCAGGUGAGAUUGGGAAUGAGAAUUUACUAUUUUUUGGGAUAACUGAGAGUCGGUUUACGGGCAUGUACAACAGUACCUACGAGAACAUUUUAAUUGGUUUUAUGAAUCUGCUCAGUGGGAAGCUGAGUGACAUUUCAAAGAUCGUACGGUUCGACGACACGCUCAACUACUUUGAGGAGGACGAGUACAAAACUAAACGACACAAAGUUAACUUCAGAAGUAAACGACUGCAAAAUCGAGCCUAACUGUAAUAUACACAUCACCAUUUUAUUUUUUUCACAGUUUCA